AAUACCAUCCUUUUGAUAUCAUUGUUUUACUUUUAGUAGAUGCAACGAAAGUCUUUACGAUUUUGUUUUUAGACAUAUAGAGUAAACAUUUAAUUCAGAUUAAAAUGUCGUACAAAGGAGGAGGAGGACAGAAGAUACAGAAAGUUAUGGUUCAACCUAUUAACUUGAUUUUUAGGUAUCUUCAAAAUAGAGCAAGAAUUCAGAUAUGGCUUUAUGAAAAUGUAAAUCUCAGAAUAGAAGGACACAUUAUUGGAUUUGAUGAGUACAUGAAUCUUGUGCUAGAUGAAGCAGAAGAAAUUCACAUCAAAACUAAACAAAGGAAGCAAGUUGGGAGGAUCCUACUGAAGGGGGAAAAUAUUACCUUGAUCAUGAGUACACAGAGUAUGCCUGGCUGAAAACUGAAAUUCGUUAAUCAUCACAUCAAUUUUUGUAGCUGGUGCAUUUUUACCUAAUGUUUUUGUAAUUCUAUACCUCCUGUGUUUAAGAAACAUAUCAGUUUUCCACAUAUGUGUGUUUGUGUGUACAAUUUAUUUGAUUAAAUUUCACUUUUAUUUAAA